AUGCAGCCUACAGAAAUCAUCGCCAUCUUGGCGGGGACUUACCAACUCAUAAACACCUCGGCGACGCGCGAUGGGGUACCAGUAGAGGACAGGACGUACGGCUCCAACCCGGUCGGCAUUCUUUCUUACAGCAAGUCCGGCUACAUGUCUGCCACCAUCACGUCGACGGACACCGAGGACCGGCCAGCGAACCUGACGUUUCCCUUCCAAGACGGCCAGUCGGACGCCGACUGGGCCGCCAUCGGCAGGCACAGCAUCGGAUACGCGGGGCCCGUCUCGAUCACCGACGCGGUCGAGGCCACCGCUACAUCCGGCCAGCUGGUCCAUGGGCCCCUGACGGUCGCGAACGUCCCUUCCAUGGUGGGAAACAAACAAAUACGCAACUACACAACUUUUGAAGACGGGAAGCUGCUCCGCAUCUCCUCUCAAAGAGAGGGCGGUAAUCGCGGCGAGCUCUGGUGGAAGAGGUUGGAUUGA